CCAUCCCACAGAAGGAGCAAGCACUCUUUCUGGCGAUCUUUUCCUCUAGACCACAAACAAUGGCCACCGAGUGCGAGGUGAACAAAUCUCGCCGCUUCGAUCGCGGCAUGUCGAGGCGGACACGAAAACCAGUGAGCCUCGUCGCUUGUUAUGAAGAUCGGUAUGUGCCGCCCCUGGCACGGCAGCUGCUCCACGAGGCCAAGCUGAAGAGAUUGCUCCGGUGCGAAGAUACAAAAGAGCUGCAGGCACCUCAGCAACGUGAAGAUGCAGAGCAGCAGCUGGAGAUUCCACAGGCACCACAGGAGUGUGAAGGUGUUGAGAAGAAGGCACCAGAGCAAUAUCAAGAUGAGAAAGAGAAGAAACCGCAGCAAUAUGAAGAUGAAGAGCAGGAGAAGAAACCACAUCUGCACCAAGAUGAGGAGCAGAACAUACCAAAGCAAUAUCAAGAUGAGGAGGAGACAGGACAACAACAGCAAGAUGAUGAUGCGCCAGAGCAAUGCCUAGACGAAGAUCCAAAAACACCGGAGCAAUACCAAGAUAAGGAGUUGGAGGAAGAGGAGGAGGAGGAGGAGCAAAACAUACCAGAGCAAUACCAAUAUGAGGAGUUGGAGGAGGAUCAAAAGACACCAGAGCAAUACCAAGAUGAGGAGUUGGAGGAAGAGGAGGAGGAGGAGGAGCAAAACAUACCAGAGCAAUACCAAGAUGAGGAGGACGAAGAGGAUGAGCAAAACAUACCGGAGCAAUAUCUUGGUGAAGAGCAAAAGAUAGCACAAGAAUACCAAGAUGAGAAGGCACCAGAGGAAUGCCAUGUUGAGGAGGAAACGGCACCAGAGAGAUGCCAAGACGAGGAAGAGAAGACAGGCAAACAAUGCCAAGAUGGGGAUGAGAAGGCAUCAGAGCAAUAUCAAGACGAAGAUGAGAAGACAUCAGUGCAACAUCAACGUGAAGAACAGAAGGCACAGCAGGGAGGCCAGGACUCGAAGCAGAAGACUCUGGCGCAGCGCCUGAGCGUAAAAAAGCCGACCGCGCCUGUCGGCGACGUGCCACGGCUUUCCCUUCUGGAGCUGAUACGAGAGAAGCAGCUUGGCACUGGAGAAGCCAAAGCUGGCAGGGACUUGGGCUACGGGGAGAAUGCCAUUGCUGACCAUAGAGCAGCAGCAGCAGCAGCUGGCGGCACAACAUUGGCCAUGGUGAUAAGGCGACCCGACGGAGGGAAGAAGAAGUCGCCGGGAAUCGUCCGCCGCUGUGUGAAGGCCUUGAACCAGAUGAUCAAGGCCAAGCACGGGUCCAAGAAGAGCGUACCUUUCAAGGAUGUAUGAACACAGGUACACAGUUUCUUACUAUACUCCGGACAUCUCAGAAUAAUGCACGAUUGGGCAAAAACUAGAAUUUUGGGCAUGGUGCAAUACCAAUUCCGCCUAGGAACCCCACAGCAAACCCCGCGCGCCCGACUACCUAGAACAGAUCUGUUACCAGGGAUGUUGUUUUAUGGCAUCUGAUCAGUGAUGUACUUACCCAAACAAUGUACCGUAUGAAACAUCAGCGAGUCUAUCCAGAUAUUCGUCGAACUAUUUACUGUAUAGAAUCA